UUUGAUCUGCCAGUGUUCAUGACUAGUGGAGACUACACAUUAGGGGGAAUUUUUCCUUUGCAUUACAGAGUAGAGCUUCCAUCUACAGACUACAUAAACAGACCUCUAGCAGCACAGUGUCGAGGGUUUGACCCAAGGGCCUUUCGCUGGGCUCUCACUAUGAAGCUUGCUGUGGAAGAGAUAAACAACAGAAAAGACCUCCUGCCAAACCAUACUUUGGCUUACAAGAUCUUUGAUUCCUGUGCCACCCCUGUAACAGCUCAGAAAGCAGUCCUGGCAGUGCUGAAUGGGCAGGAUGUUGUUCAAAAUUUUAUUUGUUCUGGAGCUGGCCCUUUAUUAGGUUUAAUAGGGGAAUCUGGAUCCUCACAAUCCAUUGUUGUUUCCAGAACUCUGCAGCCCUUCAGAAUCCCCAUGAUAAGCUAUUUCUCAACUUGCUCUUGUCUAAGUGAUCGGAAGCAGUUCCCGACAUUUUUCAGAGUGGUCCCCAACGACAAUUACCAGGUCAAAGCCAUCGCACAGCUCUUGAAGAAGUUUGGCUGGACAUGGAUUGGUGUGGUGACUGAAGACCAUGACUAUGGCAGGUUUGCUUUACAGGGCUUAAAGCAAGAAAUUGAAAAUGCUGACAUAUGUUUGGCUUAUCAUGAAAUGAUCCCUAAAGACUAUAGCCGGGAACAGGUCCUUAAGAUUCUGAAAGUAAUGAAGGAAUCCACAGCUAAGGUAGUUGUUGUUUUUUCAGGAGAAGGUGAAUUUGAUCCUUUUUUGAAAGAGUUUAUGACUCAAAAUAUCACAGGAAUUCAGUGGAUUGCAAGUGAGGCUUGGGUUACAGCCUCAAUAUUAGCAGAAACGUAUCCAUUCCUUGAGGGCACAGUUGGGUUUGCAAUCCGUCAAGGACAUAUUCCAGGUCUAGAGGAUUAUCUCAAAACAGUAAAUCCAGAAAGGUACCCAUUUAACCCUCAAGUUCAGGAGCUGUGGGAAGCUCUAUAUGGCUGCUCUCACAUGUCCACCAGCUUGAACAGUCAUCUGCCCUCCUGCACAGGGAAGGAAACUCUCAGACAAGAGCACUCUGCCUACAUGAAUACUUCCAGCCCUCGUGUGAGCUACAAUGUGUAUAAAGCAGUGUAUGCCUUUGCUCAUUCUCUGCAUAAUCUCAUUCACUGUACACCUGGAAAUGGGCUGUUUGAAAAUUUCUCAUGUGCAGACCUCAACAAUGUGUUUCCAUGGCAGCUUCAGCAUUAUUUACAGGAAGUCUCUUUAUCUAUUUCUGGAGAAGAAGUAAACUUUGAUGUUAAGGGAGAUUCAAUCCCAUCAUAUGAUUUGAUAAACUGGCAAAGACAGACAAAUGGAGAUAUUCAGUUUGUUAAAGUGGGCCUGUAUGAUGGUGCUCAGCAUACUGGGAGAGAACUGGUGAUUGAUGACCAGGCCAUCAUAUGGUCUAACCAACAGAGCAAGGUACCUGUGUCUGUGUGCAGUAACAGCUGCACUCCAGGAUUUAGGAAGGCUGUCAGUCAUGGGGAGCCUCUGUGCUGCUUUGACUGUGUUCCAUGUGAUAUUGGCAAGAUCAGUAAUCAGACAGAUUCAAUAGAUUGUCUAUCAUGCCCUGAGGAUUAUUGGUCCAAUGCAAAUGGAACAAUGUGUAUCCCGAAGGUAGUUGAGUUUCUCUCACACGAUGCAAUGGGAAUCACCCUGACUGUGAUAGCUGUAGUGGGAGCCUUUCUGACUAUCACAGUGCUGCUGAUAUUUCUGUAUAACAGUGGAACCCCUAUAGUCCGUGUCAAUAAUUCAGAGCUCAGUUUCUUCAUCCUGCUGUCCUUAACUCUGUGUUUUCUGUGUGCUCUGGUGUUUAUUGGGGAACCAACAUCCUGGUCCUGUAUGCUGCGGCACACUGCCUUCAGCAUCACUUUCUCCCUCUGCAUCUCCUGCAUCCUGGGCAAGACUUUAGUGGUGCUGGCAGCUUUCACAGCUACCCAACCUGGAAACAAUAUCAUGAAAUGGUUGGGCCCCACACAGCAGAGAAUCAUCAUUUUCAGCUGCACUCUAAUCCAGGUGGUGAUUUGUACUGCUUGGCUUGUAGUAUCACCUCCUUUCCCCAACAGAAACACUAAAUAUCAACAGUCCAAGAUCAUCCUGGAUUGCAGUGUGGGAUCUGAUCUGGCCUUCUGUUGUGUGCUCGGAUAUAUUGGCCUCUUGGCCUGUGUUUGCUUCUUUCUGGCUUUUUUGGCCCGGAAGUUGCCAGGCAAUUUUAAUGAGGCCAAGUACAUCACCUUUAGCAUGCUUAUAUUCUGUGCCGUGUGGCUGGCCUUUGUACCGGCAUAUGUCAGUUCACCUGGUAAAUUUACAACUGCUGUGGAGAUUUUUGCCAUUUUAGCUUCUAGUUUUGGCCUGCUUCUCUGUUUAUUUGCCCCAAAAUGUUACAUUAUUUUACUGAAACCUGAGAAGAAUACCAAACAACAUUUAAUGGGAAAAGUUGUAAAAUAA